CACCCGCCACUGUUCGUUGUGUCCAUAAUGAUGUUGCAGUACCUGACUUCUCUGCCUAUCGUCGCCAAGAUGUGCUAGAUCCCACCACAUCUUCUCAAAGCAGCAGUGAAUCUAGGAAGGGGUUUUCCUACCUGCUGACAGCAACAACGUGUGUUGCAACUGCUUAUGCUGCUAAGAAUGUUGUCACCCAGUUUAUUUCCAGCCUGAGUGCCUCUGCUGAUGUGCUAGCCCUGUCAAAGAUUGAGAUCAAGUUAUCUGACAUUCCGGAAGGCAAGAACAUGGCUUUCAAGUGGAGAGGGAAGCCACUUUUUGUGCGUCACAGAACCCAGGCAGAGAUUGAUCAGGAAGCUCAAGUUGAUCUGGCUACCCUGAGGGAUCCGCAGCAUGACUUAGACAGAGUUAAGAAGCCAGAAUGGGUCAUACUCGUAGGUGUCUGCACCCAUCUCGGUUGCGUGCCCAUUGCCAACUCUGGGGAUUUUGGCGGGUAUUACUGCCCUUGCCAUGGGUCCCACUAUGAUGCCUCUGGCAGAAUCAGGAAAGGCCCCGCUCCCUACAACCUCGAAGUUCCCACUUACCAGUUCCUGGGUGAGGACAUGGUGGUUGUUGGCUGAGUAACAAGGUGCUCACUCACCUUCAUGUUUGCAUGAAUGUGCACUCAGAAGGGUUAAUUGAGAUUGUGAAGUUCUGU